AUGAAAACAGCCUCGCAUCCUUCAGCUCCUCACAACGCAACAAGCAAAGUAAAACGUCUCGUCGGUAAAAUCUGCCGCCAUUCGCACCCUUCUCCUCCAGAGUCCACCUCCUCGUCUCCGUCAUCAUCAGCAAAAACAUCUCGCGAAUCCUCAGCAUGCCCACGCCCACUUAUUGGCAAAAACAGCCAGCGCCAGAGCCGUCGCGGUUCGGCCUCCGAGGAAGAAGACCGCGUGCACGACCUUGAGCUCUGGAACGCAGCAUAUGACUUGCUCAAGAGGGACAACACGUCUUCAGGUCUUGUGCUGGCGUAUGAAAACAUCAUUUCUCACGCCCUGCCCGAUUCAUUAAGGCCGGGAUACAAUGGAAGCCCCAAUGGCCUAUCAUCCGAGAGUGAGAGGAGGACAGAGCUUAUGAUGAUGAUUGCAAAGUCCGGGUUAAACCGCGAAAUCAAGGAAGCUUCUCAGACAGACUCUGGUGAUGAUGGUGCUGCAAGAGAUAAUCUAAUACAGAUAAGGUUAAUGAUAGCUUCAUUACUUGACGACAAGCCCAGCGCAGGAAUCGCAUGGGCUGGCUUCUGCUCUCUAACACCUCUCCUCCUUGACCCUCUUCUUCGACACGACGACAUCUCUCAAGGUUUCGUCCACAUCACCGACAGCAUCCCUCACUACCUGACACUCCACCGCGCCCUCCGCCCAACAUCCUGGACAUCACAACCAGAGUUCCAGCGUCUACAGCCGCACGUCCGCCAAACACUGCUAGAUCUCUACCGCCGAAUUCUCGAGUAUGAGAUGAACAUAGUCUGCGCCGCUGCAAGCGCCUGGAACAUGGCCGCCCGCAACGUCGUCGACUGGCAUGGCUGGAAAGCCAUGGCCGAUGCUGUGCGCGAAAAGGACGAUGAGCUGAUGGGAUAUGUCGAGAAGAACGGCACGGAUGAGGCGAUGGCGCUAAUGGAGGUUCAGAGGAAGUUGGCUCCUGAAGGGGGAGGCCGUGGUAAGUUGACAGACGACACUUCACCUCAAGAUGCGACACAAACAAGAGAAUAA